GAGUUCUAGUGAGUUUAUAGGUUACUUGAACCAGCUGAUUCUACCGUCGAUGGAACCUUUCUGGGACUCACUAGACUGCCGGCACUAGUAUUGCAUAAGCGGGAUUUGUGCAUGCCAAGGUGACAAGCGACCGGGAUCUGCCGCCUGCGCCCCCGGGAUCAGAGACGUCAACUGUCGCCCAUAUGCCUUGCAUCUUCCGACCUUCGUAACCCAUCAAGCCGCCCCCGACUGUCACGACAGAUCGCCUGAACUCACGAUACACCCUCUACUCCUAGCAUCGCCUUCGACGGUUCGUAUCCUCGUCGACCUCUUCAUCUCUCGUCAUGGCAAACAUCCUGGACUCGGACGCUGGCUCGGAGCGCUUCAGUAGCUAUGAAGCCGAGCUGAAGCUCGUGCAAGCCGACCUCAACCAGAAACUGGACCAAAUACCAGAACUGUCCGGCGAGCCUCGAAAGGCUGCUGUCCGGGCUGCAGAGCGAGCGUUAGAGGAGGCCAAUGAGAUAAUUGACCAAAUGCGCAUCGAGAAACCCAACAUCCCAGCCCCCGCCAAGUCCAAGAUCAAUCAGCGCUUCCGCAACUACGAAUCCGACAUUGACUCUCAUAAGCGCAAGCUCAAGUCGCUGUCGGACGACCGCAAAGCGCUCUUUGGCUCCCGAUACACAGAUGCUCCCAACACGGACGACCAGCUAGAGCAGCGCCAGCAACUGCUCUCCGGCACGGACCGUUUAGAGCGAAGUAGUGGCCGUCUUCGGGAAAGUCAAAGGAUUGCACUGGAGACUGAGGAUAUCGGGCGCAACACGCUAGCGGAUCUGAGCAGGCAGAGGGAGACGAUCGAACAUACUAGGGGAACGCUACUGGAGAGCGAAAGCUAUACCGAUCGAAGCAUCAAGACGUUGCGGGGUAUGGCCCGUAGGAUGGCUACAAAUCGGAUAAUCACAAUCGCCAUUAUCACUGUACUUGUAUUGCUCAUCGUUGCGGUCAUCGUCAGCAAAUUCCGGUAGUCCAAGCGUGGAGAUCAUAGGGUGUUUGGCGUUACGGCGGAAAUCGAUUGCUGUACUUUUAUAAUAACUCAGGAUGUUCCGAAGAACUAUUCUUCUAUUAGAAGCGAACACCUGUGCGCGUUGCUAAUAAAUAUCAAGGGUCUAGACCUACAUUCAUAAACAUAGGAAACUCUAUAUUUUCCCCAGAUAAGAGCAAUUGUUCGUUCAAGUACCAUAGCUCCCGGCAAAACACAGCAAACUCUCACUUCUCGACUCCGAAACAUCCUUUG